AUGUGCGCCUCGACGACCAAAGAAGCCGGCUCGACGUGGCGCAAGGUCGGCUCUGUCACCGUGCCUGGGGCCGAGCUGCACAGCUACGUCUCCUCGGCGACCGGGCUGCGCGCGCUGCUCGCAAAGACGGACGAGCCGCUCUGCUCCAUGCACAUGGCCAUCGCGACUGAGGCGGACACAAACGAGUGGUCGCACAAGGACGACGGCCUGCCGCACGUGCUCGAGCACGAGACCUUCCUCGGCUCCGAGCAGUACCCGUUCAAGGGCCUUUUAGACAAGCUCGCCAACCGCUCGCUCGCCGACGGAACCAACGCGUGGACGGCGACGGACCACACGUGCUACACGCUGACGACGGCCGGGCACCGCGGGCUCCUCAACAUGCUCCCGAUCUACGCCGACCACGUCUUUUAUCCGACGCUGACGCAGGCGGGCUUCACGACGGAGAUCCACCACGUCACCGCCGAGGGCGAGGACAAGGGCGUGGUCUACUGCGAGAUGCAGGGGCGCGAGAACGACUCCUCGAGCCUGAUCGACCGCGCGGUGAUGGACCUGCUCUACCCGACGGGAGGGUACUCGGCGGAGACGGGAGGCAAGAUGGCGAAUAUCCGCCGGCUGACCAACGAGCAGGUGGCUCGCUACCACGCCGAGAAUUACCGGCCAGACAACACGCUGCUGGUCGUGUCUGGCCUGGUGGAGGAGGCGGACUUCCUCUCCGCGCUGUCUGCGCUGGAGCAGAGAGUGGUCAGCAAGCAGGCGCAGGCAGCAGUGGGCGUGGCGCCGCCCCGCCGGCCAUGGUCCAGCCCGGUCUGCUCGAUGGCGGCCUUGGGCGUCGAUGGGAUUGUGGUUUGCUCGGCGCCGCCAUCUUCGACGGAGCUGGAGGUCAAGGGGGCGGCGCGAACCAUCUCCUUCCCGACGGAAGACGAGUCUGUGGGGACCGUGUCCAUGGCGUGGCGCGGCCCCGCGUACAGCGACGCGGCGACGUGGCAGAAGCUGGCCUUGCUGCACAACUACCUCACCGACUCGGCGGCCAGCCCGCUCGCCAAGGCCUUCGUGGAGUGCGCCUCGCCGCUGUGCGGCGACGUGAGCGCCACGCACGAGGUGUUUGUGGAGGGGUACCACCAGCUCUGGUUCGAAGACGCUGAGGUGGAGACCAUCGACCAGAUCGCUCCCUCGCUCUUCCGGCACCUCGUCGCCGCCAGAGACGACUUCUCGAUGGAGCGGAUGGGGCUGUGCAUUCGGCGCAUGCGGCGCACGCACCUCUCGUCUGUCGAGAGGCACCCUACCGACACGCUAAUCGACGGGCUGACGCGGCACUUCCUGUACUACCCGACGGAGGACGACCAAGCGGCAGGCGGCCUCGCCGAGUGCUGCGACCCGCUAGCGCAGCUCCCCUCUCUCGAGGCGAUGAGCCGCGCCGACUGGCAGGCCCUCCUCAGCCUCUGGUACCUCGACCGCCCCUGUGCGGCCGUGGUGGGGCGGCCGUCGGCCGCCCUCGUCAAGGAGAUCGCCGAGAGCGAGGCGGCGCGCGUGCAGAAGCAGAGGGAGUCGCUCGGCUCGGCCAGGCUCGAGGAGCUCGGCGCCGCUCUCGACGCCGCAGUCGCCGCCAAUGGAAAGGAGAUCCCGACCGAGCUGCUGACGCGCGUGUCCAUCCCAAGCAAGAGCGACGUCCGCUCCAUCCCGAUCGUCUCUGUGCGCGGCGGAGGAGAGACGCCGUUUGCAGUCGUGCCAGGGUCCGGCGAGGGCAUGGACGCCAGCCUCACGGCGAAGCUGCUCUCGCGGCUUCCGGCGCCGGCGAGCGGCGCUCCGCUGCCGUACUGGCUGCAGGCGACGCUGGUCGACUCGCCCUUUCUCAGCGUCAAGGUUGCCCUCGACACAAGCGACGUGCCCGCGAGCUUGCGGCCGUACCUCCCGCUGCUGCUCGAGCUCUGGUUCAAGGCGCCAGCAAGGCUCGAGGACGGCUCACGGCUCAGCAAGGACGCCUUUGUCGCGGCCCUGGAAGACGACACCGUCUCCUACUCCGCCAGCUUCGGCGUCGGCGGCAAGGUGCCUCAGCUGAUCUCCGCCUCGAUCAAGCUCGAGCUCGACUCGGGCGCCGCCGACGCCACCCUCUCCAAGGGCCUAAGCUGGAUGCGGCGCGCCAUGUACCUGACCCGCUACACCACGUCCAACGUCAAGAUGACCGCGAAGCGGCUGCUGAGCGGCAUUCCGGGCACGUACCGCGACGGCGACGAGAUGAAGUCGCACGUGUACGCAUGCCUCGCGCUCGACCGCGGCCGCUCCAACGGUGCCGCCGCCUCUCCAAUGGUGCAGCAGCCCUUCCUGCAGACCCUCCUCGCGAGGCUGGCGACACGAGACGGGUCGCGCCACGUGCUCGAGAUGCUGCACUCGCUGCGCGCGCACCUCGUCGCGCCGACGCGGAUGCAACUCCUUUUGGCUGGCCGGCUGACGGAGCUGUCGCAGCCGUACGAGGCCGUCGUCGGCGCGGCGGCGGGCCCUCGGCUGGAGAGCCUGCCUCUCGAGGCUGCCGCCGCCGCCGAGGCGGUGCAGCCUUCGCCGGGCCCGGCUCGCCUGCUCACGGGAGUACGCUCAGUGCACGUCCAGCUGGAGCGGCCGCUGCUGGGCGGGGCGGUCGUCGCCCUGUCGGCCAUCGAGAACGCGUACGUCCUCCUCUCGGCGCGCGGAGUCGGCCCACACCACCCGGACGUCGCCGCGCUGCGCGUGGCCAUCGAGCACCUCACGGCGCUAGAGGGCGACUUUUGGGUGCGGCUGCGCGGCGCCGGCCUGACGUACGGAGCCUCUCUAUACAACCUUCCGGAGAGCGAGCGGCUGCAGCUCACGCUCUACCGCUGCGGCGACGCGCUGGCGGCCUACUCCGCCUCGAAGGAGAUCAUUGCCGAGUACGCGUCCGGGGCGGCGACGCUGUCGCAGGUCGACCUCGAGGGCGCAAAGUCGUCGCUCACGUACAACCUGAUCUCCAGCACGUCGAACAAGCCGGCGGCGGUCAGCGCGCAGUGGGCCGCGGGUUACACGGGCGUGCAGGCGGACUACACCGGCUGGCUGCUCUCGAAAGUGGAGGAGGUGACCGCCGCCGACGCCCUCCGCGCCCUCUCGGCCCACCUCACCCCGCUCUUCGAGGCGUCUGCCGUCCUCGUCGUCUCGUCGCCGGCCGGCAAGGCGAAGGAGCUCGCAGACUCGCUCGGGGAGGUGCACGGGAACUCCGAGCCGCUCCCCGUGCUGGCGGAGGACGAGCUCUCUUCGAAGCUCUGUGGCGGCGACGCUGCGGAUAUCUCGCCGCCGCCGGCGUAA